AUGUCGGAAGUGCAAGACUCUCAACCUGAUAGUGUCCCUGACUCGAUAGAGAAAAAGGAUGAGCCCAAGACACAAGAAUUUGUGAGACCACCAUUAACCUUAGGUAAAGAUAUUCUUCAAGGUAUAAAAUAUGUUAUUUUCAAUCCCGAGGCCAAUCUUAUUGUGAUGCCAAUUUUAUUACUUUUAGAAUCAAUGGCUCUUAAAGUAAUCAUAAGUAAUGUUAAGUACACCGAAAUAGAUUAUAAAGCUUACAUGGAACAGAUUGAUAUGAUCAAUGAAGGUGAUUUUAAUUAUGAUAAUAUUAAAGGUGGUACAGGUCCAUUAGUGUAUCCAGCUGGUCAUGUUCUCAUUUUCAAAAUGAUGCAUUGGCUUACCGAAGGGAUGGAACAUAUAGAGAGAGGCCAAACUGCUUACAGAUAUUUUUAUUUACUUACAUUAUUUCACCAAUUUAUGAUCUAUUAUAAGUUAAGUAUUCCACCAUGGUGUGUUGUUUUAGUUUGUCUAUCCAAGAGAAUACAUUCAAUCUAUGUAUUAAGACUAUUUAAUGAUAGCUUUACUACAUUUUUUGUUAUAUGUUCGUUCUUGGGGUUAAUUCGUGGUGGUACAGUUAAAUCUAGAGGCUUAAAGAUAGCUAUUUGUACUUUGAUUUCAUUAGUUUAUAGUUUUGCUGUUAGUGUCAAGAUGAAUGCACUAUUAUUUUUCCCGGGUUUUGCUAUUGGAAUUUAUUAUAUUUGUAAUGGUACUCUACUUUUAUGCUUAUAUUCAAUGAUUUUAAUGAUUGGUUUACAAAUUUAUGUUGGUUAUCCAUUUUUAAAAAACUUUUCAUGGCAAUAUAUUAACGGUGCAUUUAAUUUUAAAAGACAAUUCAUGUAUGAAUGGAGUAUAAACUGGCAAUUUAUUGGUGAAGAUGGAUUUUUAAGUACAACAUUUCAAAGAAGUUUACUUUUAUCGCAAAUAAUUAUGUUAUUAUUUGUUUUUAUAAGUAAAUAUCCAACUUUGGUUAAAAAUGUAUCAAGAUCAAUUAUUCAUCCAUUUAGUUCGGUUGUUGAAUUAUCAUCCAAGAAUUAUUUUGAAUUAAUUCCAUAUUUUUUCAUUAUGAGUAAUUUUAUUGGUAUAAUAUUUUCAAGAUCAUUACAUUAUCAAUUUUUAACAUGGUAUCAUUGGACAUUACCUAUUUUAAUUUCUUGGUCUGGAUUACCUGUAUAUUUAGGACCAAUAUGGUAUAUUGCUCAUGAAUAUUGUUGGAAUUCUUAUCCACCAAAUUCAACUGCAAGUAUAGCAUUGGUAUCCUUAAAUGGUUUAUUAUUAAUUCUAGUGUUAAUAAGAAAAGGAUAUCCCGUCAAGGAAGAUGAGGAUUUACAAGAGAAGAAAAAUAAAUAA